AUCCAACUCAUCGGAAGUUAACACAAAAUUUCUUUUCCAGAGACUCAGAGAUGGAUACUCCAGGAGAAUCGCUGCCCUCGGUUAAGAUAGCUAGAUCUGCUCGCAAAUCAUCCAUGGUGUUGAGACGUAGACAACUCCGCCUCCGACGCCGCUUCCAAAAGCUAUCAUUAGAGUCAAGAAAAGCUGAAGCUCCGACCGAUGCUCUGCAGCAAGCUGAUGUCGCUGGCGCAUCUGGUAUAGGAUUGGCAGGUAGGCAGGAAAACAAGAAGAAGAAAAAGUUAAAGAAGCAGAUCAAGAAGGAGGAAAAGUUGACUCUUGCUGAAAUAGCCGAGGAAUAUCAUGAUGGGAAUGAAUGUAGGAGGAUAGGUGAAGCGAUGCGCCAAUGGGCCGAGGAAUAUGAGUUUCAACGUGCUCAAUCGCGACGGCGGCAGAUUGUGUAUGAGGAGGACCCGUUGGCACAUUGGCACACAGUGGAUGUCAGUCCUCUUCUUGAUUCUCCGCCUGUGACGCCUUAAACAUCUCUGUGCUGGAGUUGUCUGCCUCCACUGCCUUUCCUUCUGCUUUGGACUUGGCCUUCAUCGAGCAAGUUCUCAGAUUGAAGUUUGCUGGUGCCCCAUUAGGUUACUGUGUGCGAACUGAAGCAAUGGCUAGCUACUUCUUUCAACGUUUGUCUUUGGUGUUGAUUCUGCCGCUUCAAGAUGGUAUUCCAAAAGUUCACGCUUGCCUUACGGUGGAAUGGUUACACGGAACAGACCGGAAAGGGUGUCACCUACGUCGGUGGCAAUUUUCAGAAGAUAAAGGUCGCUAUCAGACCGUUGUUUGAAGACCUCCAUCAAAUGAGCACUAACGUUACUUGCAUGGAUGACACGAGAAGAGUUGAUCGUAUGGUGUACCGAUAUCCAAACAGAGAAAGUGGGUCAUUGUGGCAUGAGGAAUAUCUCAUAACCACUCAGGAUGAGGUAGAUGUCAUGCUCGAAUUGUUGAGGUCCAACAAUUUUUCCAAAGCCGAGAUGUUCGUUUACACCGAGCCGGUCGUAGGCGUUGGAGGUCAUUCUGGACGCGGUCAAACAUCUGGUAUCCAUGGUGGAGGUGAAUUAUAUGGCGAUCAUCCCUACCAAAGUUACCAUGAUCCUCAUUCUUAUUUUCAGUACCAAGAGGAAGGUGAAGGUCAUCAUCAAUCUUUCCCGUCAUAUGAAGAAGAAGUUCAACCGGACCUCCCCAACCAACCUCAGUACAACUUCCAAUUAGGCAGCGCUAGUUUUCACAACUACCAUUAUGGAGCUGAUGAAGGU